AUGCAAAACGGCCGUGGACCAACUCCGCCGCCGCGCACGCAUUCCCACGUGCCGUCCCCCUUCUUCCACACCCCCGCACGCACCCAAUCCGGCGCCCUAGCCAUCCUACAUCUGAGGAAAGAUAGCCUGCUCCCCGUCACCCUCGGCACGGAUUCCGAUGGAGGCUAUGCCGAGGGCCCGGUCACGAACACGAGGUUCGGGAGCUUUCCCCAUAGCACGCUGAUUGAUCUGGAAUGGGGCAGUCAAGUUAGGGCCAGCAAAGUCAAUACGGGAUCCAAAGGCCGCUUGAUCAAGCCGACGCCUCAGCCGAGGCCGAAACACGCCCUCUCCGAGGCUGCAGCAGACGUUGCCUCUUCUUCCCCGGCAAGAGCACCCAUUCUCGAGGCGGGGUCAGGCUUCGUCCAUAUCCUUCCCCCUACGCCGGAAGCAUGGACGUCCUCUCUCGAUCAUCGCACACAAGUGGUCUAUACACCAGACUAUAGUUACAUUCUGCAGCGGCUGCGCGUGCGGCCUGGCAGCAGCAUUAUUGAGGCAGGGGCCGGCAGUGGAAGUUUCACCCAUGCCGCAGCACGCGCGGUGUUCAAUGGCUACCCUAAUCCGCAACAACCCAAAAAGGCACGCUUUGGCCGAGUGUACUCGUACGAGUACCAUCAACCACGAGUUGAGACGCUCCGCGAAGAGAUCCGCUCCCACGGCCUUGAUCCCAUAGUCCAGCUAAACCACCGCGAUGUGUGUACGGGUGGAUUUGCCGUGGACUCGACAGAUGGCACACCCCCGGCGGCGGAUGCGAUCUUCCUGGAUCUUCCCGCGCCCUGGCUCGCGCUGAAUCAUCUAUCGCGUUCACUCCCGCAAUCGCCCCUCAACGCAAACGGACCUGUCCACCUGUGCACUUUCUCUCCGUGCAUAGAGCAGGUGAUGGCGACGGCAUCUGUCCUUCGCAAGACUGGCUGGACGGAAGUUUCAAUGGUGGAGAUCGCCAAUCGCCGCAUUGACGUCCGACGUGAACAGAUCGGGCUCAGCAACGAGGGAUUACGUGGGGUCAACGCCUCUCCGGCGAGCGUCGAUGAGGCUAUCGAACGACUGAGGGAGGUGGAAAGCAAGCUAGGCAAGGUUGAGAGCAAAGCGGCCAGGCUGGAGCGAGUGAGGCAGCAGGCGGAGCAGAAGAAACUGUACAAAGAAGGGCAUCUCGUUCAUCGCACGGAGCCGGAGGUGAAGACGCACACCAGUUAUCUUUUGUUUGCGAUCUUACCCCAGGCCGUGCCUGAGGACAAUGAAUCUUGA